AUGACCAACGAAAAAGUCGACGUGUAUUACAGCAAUGGCAGUGAUGGAGGCCUGUACAACUUGGAAUACGAAAUUAAUAAUCACGUUACGAUAGUUUCGAACUUACGAAAGAUGAAGAAGCUGCGUGAAAAGGUUAUUGGAGAGAUGGAAAAAGGUCAAAAAUCGACCGAGAAAUCGAGAGUGAAUCUUUUUAAAGAACUUGGUCCAUUGAUCAAUAACUGGAAGGGUCAAUACCCAGACCUUGGAAAACUUCUUCGUCACAAAGAAAUGGACUGGCUUCUGAUGAAGUAUGUUGAGUUUAUUGAAAUGAACAAAGUGAUAAAAACGAAUCUACUUAGUUUUGUGAUCGAGUGUGGAUAUAAGGGCAAGCCCGAAAUUGAUAAGGACAACAAGGCACUACUGCGUCGAACUACACCACUGCAUCACGCGGCUCGGAGUAAUAAAAGUUACGUCAUCUCCGAUCUCUGCAAAAUAUACGACAGAUUUAACGUAGACUAUAUCGACGAAGGUGGGUAUACACCUUUUCAUGUGGCUUGCAGGGAUGGCUGUUAUGACGUCGUCGAGAAGUUCCUCGAACUCGGCCAAGAUCCCAAUUGCCCACUUCAGAAAUCAGUCGAUCCGCCGCUGCACUUGGCUCUGUACCAUAAGCAUCAGAACGUGGCCGAGUUGCUGCUGAAAAACGGCGCCAACCCUAAUUUAGCUACUGAAGACGGAUGUACACCUCUGCAUUUAAUUUGCGCGAGAGAAUGUGACGAUGACCUUGCAGAGCUAUUCUUCAAGAUGUGCGACGACAGUAAUCAUCGAUUACAGAUCGACGCUCGAAACAAGUGGGACCAAACACCUUUGCACGUAGCUGUAUUCUAUAGCAAUAAGAAGAGAAAUAAUGAUGACUCCACACACUUGAUGGAUACGCUAUUCAGCAUCUGCGACGAUAGACAUCAGCUGGUACAGGUCGAUACAAAGGACAAGUCAGGUUGGACACCGCUUCAAUGGGCCGUCGCGUAUCUUCAUCCGAAUUUGGUCGACGUUCUUUUGGAUCAUGGUGCAAAACUAUCCAACUUUGUUUUCCCCAAAAUGAGUCACUUCAACUUAGGAUUUGUGUCGAUGUUCGAUGAAACGGCGGUUCAUGCAAAAUUGAAAGUCGUUUUUGACCUUCGAACCGUUGUCAAGUGCUUAGAAAAAAGAGACUACAAGCUGAAACUAGAGGACCUGCAGACGAUCAAGAGAUUGUUCGAUAAGUAUGAAGCGUUCAAGAAAUUGCCAAAUCUCGACCAACGUUGGUACGAUAAGGAGGAGUUUUCAAGUGAAGCGAAAAAUAUCGAAAUGAGUCCCAACCAGUCCCUCUACGAUCUGGUUCGAUCACCACCCGCAAAAGCAGAGGAGAUACUCCCAAAUGAAGACUACUAUCACAAGCUCGUGUCUUCAACAGAAUGGUCGAAGCUUUCCGAAGAAUGUCGCAUUGCGAGUGUUGCGCAGUUGUGCGAAAUAAUGGCGAGGGGAUUUUUGUACAAGCGACGAGCAUUGGCAUCUCUCGUGAAACUGACGCGCAACAAGCUGCCGAUCUUUUGCUACGAUAUGAUCAUCGAGCCGCUGACGAACAAAGACUUGUGGCAUAUUUGUUUGGCGUCUCCAAGGGAAACCAGGAGAUCUUUAUAA